AUGGAAUCCAUAGAAGGGCCAUGGAUGUCUUCACUCAAGUAUUGCAGUGUGACCACAGCCCAGAAAAGUCCCUGUUGCAUCAAUGCCUCUGCUGGAUGGAACCCUUUCUCUAUCUGCCCUUUGCUCCUCCAGGUUCCCUGUUUUAUCAGACAUCCCUCUACCACAAGGUGUGCCUGGAGUCGGCCAGAUCUGCACACCACUGACCCAGAAGGGAAUGGGCCAGGUCUCCUGAAGGGUCCAGAAGAUGAUGGCACCUCAGUCCUUGCCAGAAGGGAGUCAGAUGGCUUUUACCACAGGGCUCAGCUAAAACCAACACUAGAGCUGGGGAGGCAGGACAAACCUCUUGUGGAGUUUGAGGCCCCCCAUUCCACUGGUCCAAGGGCCCCAGGCCAACUACAGAGCACAAUGCCGGAGGAUGUCAUCCAGCACUCGUGGGCCCUAAAGCACUCUCUAGUGCCUGGAGACAAGGUUCUGGCCCCCUGGGAACCAAAGCAGGAAAGAUAUGGUCCAGGAACUGUGGUGCAAGGCCUGGAGACCAGAGACCCUCAGAGAGCCUCAGAGGAUGAAGAAAUCACCGUUUGCUUCUGGAAUGGCAAGAUGGUCAAAGUGCCCUUAGGGGUUGCUGUAUGGAUAUCCCCAGCUCAUUGGGAGAAGGCUGUGGAGAUGUUACACAAACCAUUAACUAGUUGUCUGAAGCCUGGAGAGCAUCUUAGCACUGUACCCUGGGCUCCCCCCUGCCCUCUCCUAGGAUCUGCUCUUGGGUACACCAUAGAUGGGCUUCUUCUGGGCUCUUUCUUGUACCCUCCCCAAUACCUUUACCCGCCACCCCACAACCACUGUCCAUUGCUGCCUGAUGUCUGUCCCUACUAUUGUUCCUUAGCCAGUCGUACCUGGUGGCCUCUGACCAGCACGUCAGAGACAACAACUGGGGACCACCCAGAGCCAGAGCUGAGACCGACAACACGACUUCUGGAAUUAGACAGUCCUAGAGACAAAAAAGUGGCAGCUCAUGCUUGGAUGAAAGAUACUUCCUCCUCCUCUUCUUUUUCUUCCGAAGAAGAGGGUUUAGGGAGUGAUCUGAAGAAAGUUCUCCCUCAAAGAUUGAUGGUAGACAGCACUGUCAAUACCGAUGCCAGUCUUUUUGAGAAGCCUCAGAAACAGAAGGAUCUCAGUCGGCCUCCCUGGAAAUACUGGAAGAGAAGUGGCCUAGAGCCAAGUCAUAGAAGGCCAGGUCUGUACUGAAGUUACUCUCAUCAUGGGCAAAGAGUCCCACAGGAAACUGAUGGACCCUCUCAACAAUGCUCUGUCCUUUCCACUCCUUUGAUCCUUUCCCACUACCUGGAAUAA